AUGUCAGAUCCCCGUAUCUCAAGCAAGGAGGCUUUCGAUUUAAACGCUAAAGCCGCCACCAAAGAAUACCAAGUUGAACCAAGAUUAGAUUAUAGAACAGUCUCUGCUAUCAAUGGUCCGCUCGUCAUCCUGGAUAACGUCAAACUAGGACAGUACAAUGAAAUCGUACAAUUGACACUUCCAGAUGGCUCAAAACGUCGUGGUCAAGUAUUGGAAGUUUCAGGAAAGAAAGCCGUCGUUCAAGUAUUUGAAGGUACAUCAGGCGUAGAUACCAGGGACACGCACAUUGAAUUCACUGGUUCAUCUAUGAAACUGCCUGUUAGUGAGGAUAUGCUUGGUAGAAUAUUCAACGGUUCAGGUCAACCUAUCGACAACGGUCCAAAGGUAUUUGCAGAGGAUUAUCUCGAUAUUAAUGGAUCUCCGAUUAACCCAUACUCACGUAUUUAUCCGGAAGAAAUGAUCCAAACUGGUAUCUCAACCAUUGAUACCAUGAACUCAAUUGCUCGUGGACAAAAGAUACCGAUCUUCUCAGCCGCUGGUUUACCACACAAUGAGAUCGCCGCCCAAAUCUGUAGACAGGCAGGUCUCGUAAAGGGACCUUCAAAGGGCAUUCACGAUGACCACGAGGACAACUUCUCUAUCGUUUUCGCUGCUAUGGGUGUAAACAUGGAAACCGCUAGGUUCUUUAAGCAAGACUUUGAGGAAAAUGGCAGUCUUGACAGAGUCACGCUCUUCCUUAACCUUGCAAAUGAUCCAACUAUUGAGAGAAUUAUUACCCCGCGUCUUGCUCUCACCACAGCUGAAUACUUUGCCUAUCAAUGUGAGAAGCACGUCCUCACAAUUUUGACAGAUAUGUCUUCAUACGCUGAUGCAUUAAGAGAAGUUUCAGCUGCUAGAGAAGAAGUACCAGGUCGUAGAGGUUACCCAGGUUUCAUGUAUACAGAUUUAGCUUCCAUCUACGAAAGAGCAGGUCGUGUUGAAGGAAGAAAUGGUUCAAUUACACAAAUACCAAUUCUUACUAUGCCUAACAAUGAUAUUACACACCCAAUUCCGGAUUUGACUGGAUAUAUCACUGAAGGACAAGUAUUCAUUGAUCAACAAUUGAACAACAAGCAAAUUUACCCACCAAUUAAUGUAUUACCAUCAUUGUCUAGAUUGAUGAAAUCAGCAAUUGGUGAGAAACUCACACGUAAAGAUCAUGGAGAUGUUUCUAAUCAAUUGUACGCGAAAUACGCUAUCGGUAGGGAUGCAGCAGCAAUGAAAGCAGUCGUUGGUGAAGAAUCACUCAGUGGAGAAGAUAAAUUGGCAUUAGACUUUUUGGAUAAGUUUGAAAGACAAUUCGUUAACCAAGGGCCAUAUGAAAGCAGAACGAUCUUUGAAUCAUUAGAUCUCGCAUGGGACCUCCUUCGCACAUUCCCUAAGGAGCAAUUAAACAGAAUAUCACCAAAGAUUAUUAAAGAAUUCUAUGAGAAGCGCAAGGAGGAAGCAGAGGACGACAACAAGCACAAGGGUGUGGUUGAUAGCGUAAAGGAUGAAAAUUUGAUUGAGGUUUAA